GUUGAGUUUAAUCAAUUCAGAACGUCAAGAUGGAGCGGAACUCACUCAAGUGGGUAGGCUCAUCUUGCGGUUUACAUGGACCAUAUAUAUUCUACAAGGCGUUUAAAUUUCAUCGGAACGGUAAACCAAGGAUUUUGUCCCUUGGAGACUUUUUCUUCGUGAGAUGUAAGCCAGAGGACCCGAUUUGCAUAGCGGAGCUACAGCUGCUUUGGGAGGAAAGAACCACCAAGCAACUUUUAUCAAGCUCCAAACUUUAUUUUUUACCAGAGAAUACUCCUUUGGGAAGGACUGUAAAACACGGAGAGCAUGAGGUCAUCGCCGUGUCAGAGAAGGUCAUCGUGCGACUGGAGGACCUGGUGAAGUGGACGGUGCCGGACUUCUCGGGAUGGGCCCACGGGCUACAGGCGGAGCCCCUCAAGCCGGCCGUGCUACGGGAGCUGGGCACGAACGGACGGCGGGAAGCCUUGCACCGGUACCGGGAGAGCACCCUGACCAGCGGCCUCAACUUCCGAGACAUCCAGAGAGAGAGGGCCCAGAUAGGUCAGGAAGACGAUGGCAGAAAGGUUCUGGUGCUGAGCUACCCCCAGUACUGUCGGUACCGCUCGGUCCUGGCCCGUCUCAGGGAGCAGCCUUCUGCACUGCAGACGGACCACACCGUCCUGGCGCUUGGCGGCAUUGCGUCCCUCCACGGCAACACUCACAUCCUGUACUGCAGGGACACCUUUGAACACCCAACACUGCUCCAGAACGAGAGCGUGUGUGACGAGUUUGCCCCAAACCUGAAGGGUCGACCCAGGAAGAAGAAGCUGUCGGUCUCCCAGAGGAGAGACUCCCAGGGUCAAACUCAGGGGUCACAGGGGUCACUGGGGUCACAGAAUUCCAGCAGCCCAGAAAAGUCCCCAACAAAGAUCAAAGUCAACUGCAAGGUGUCCAUCCCCAACAUCAAGAUAACAGUAGCCAAACCCAAGAACAAUAGCAUCUGUAAAAAGGCCCCUGUGGAAGAGAAGGUGAAGGAGAGGAUGAAGGAGGAGAAGGAGGAGGAGGAGAAGGAAGAGAAGGAUGAGAAGAGAGAGGAGGAAUCGUCAAAGGAGAGUGACGCAGAGGAGCAGGCUUUCCUGGAGGCUCUGUAUGAGUACAUGAAGGACAGGGACAGUCCCAUCGAGAGGAUCCCUUUCUUGGGGUUCAAGCAGAUAAACCUUUGGACUAUGUUUCAAGCAGCCAGAAGACUCGGGGGAUAUGAGUUGAUCACAGUUCGCCGACAGUGGAAAAAUGUAUACGAUGAGCUGGGUGGCAACCCAGGAAGCACAAGUGCCGCCACAUGCACUCGCCGUCACUAUGAGAGACUCCUCCUUCCAUACGAGAGGCACACCAAGGGAGAAAAAGACAAGCCCCUCCCCUCCGCCAAGUCUAAGAAGCCGGAGGUGGCAGGCGGGGGGGUUGAGGGGGCCGGCAAACCGAAGGCUGUCGCUGGCGUGAAGAGGACCAAGAGUGGAGCGAACCAGAGACAGAUGGCCAAGAGGGACAAGGAUGAGACGAUCACAGUCACAGAGCAAACACAGGUGGACGAGGUGAAAGAGAAGACCCCGGAUCCCGCCGUUGCAAACCAGGAAGUCUCGACCAGAGACGAGCCAGAGGAGGAGGAGCUACAGCUCACCUUCAAGAAGGAGGAGCCUCUGAACGAGGUCAAAUCCCCCGUCAUCCUCCUUCCAGACUCAGACUGCAGUACCCCUCAACCCGCCUCCCUCAUCAGAGACCCCUGCCUCCUGCCCGAAUGGCAGCCCCCAAUGGCCUCUGACCAGAAGACAGACAAGCCUAGCCCCAACCACCGGGACGAGGCAGAGAGACUCCCCAGCAGGAACCCCAAGUACUCGCCCUCCUGGGACCACAGCAAGCCAGUUGGGUUUAGCUGUCCCCCAGAACCAGGCAGACUGGACCCUCCUGUAACCAAGGAGCCUGUAGAGAUUCACGGAGGCAGGGUGGGGAAGGUGCUGCCCAUGUGCAAACAACCACCGGCACCCCCAAAGCAGCAGCAUUCCACGGACCCCAUGGCAGACAAGAAGGACUCUGCCUGCAAGAAGGAGUCCAGUCAGGGUCAGUUUACAGCUCCGGUGUACUCGAAGGUAAACCUUGGGGUCAUGUCACCCCUAGCCAAGAAGAAGCUUCUCUCUCAGGUCUGCGAGACCAAUCCGUACUCCUUCAGUGGCCCUCCCCCCCCUCUUCCUCCUCCUCCUUGUGCUCCUCCUCUCCUCGCCCCUCCUCCUAUGAUCAGUGAUGUUUGUGACAGGGUAGUGGAGGCAGUGGGCCCCAGGCAGGGCUCUUCUCCAGACAUCCCAGAGAUAGCUCCCGUCUUCAGGCCAUCAGUCAUCCAGCACGCCCAGAGCAUCAAGCCCCACCUACCCCAGGAGAGGAGCCCCUUAGGGGAUCUGUCCGAGUCCUACUCCAGCCGGGUGAGUCACCUCCAGACCCGGAUCAACCCUCCAUGGCACCCCUACCUCCACCGGCCUGAACCCCAGGAUGGGGUGGAGAAUGCUGGGGAGAAGCUGAUGCAGGUACCCCCCCAGGCGCCCAGCUAUAGAAGCGACUGUUACUCCUCUCCUCACUUGCACAGCCUCUACCGGCAGACAGAGAACUGCCUGAAUCAGGAGAGGAUGUGCGGUUAUCCUGGUGGAGAUAAAAGAGGGCAUUUUAUCAGGGACUGUGAAAACGGGGAGGGAUUCCACUCCAGCAGCACUGACAGAGAAAGCCUGGCUUACAGAGCUCCCCUUUAUCACGAGAGGACACACACACACGGGGACAGAGCUUUGGAAGACGAACCGCGGGAUUUCAGCAUCUCCAAACCGAUCUCUCAAAGGUUGUCCUUCUCCAAGCCCUCGUUCUGUGGCCUCCCAUAUCCCAUAAUGCAUCAGGGUUUGGACUCUCACCCCAAGGCAUGCCGGGUUCCCCCCAUGACCAUCUCCGCACCCAAACACUGCAGCCAGGACGCCUCCCAGUCGUACCCCAGCUGCAAACCCUCCUCCGAGUCCCUCCCUACCCGAGUCCCCUGCAAGCGGAGCCUGGGGGAACUGGAGAACGAGGGUCUGCCCGACCGCAAGAUCCGCGUGGUCACGCCAAUGCACCCCGCCGGCUCGCUCCGCCGCAGCGACCCGCAAGGCGAGGAGCUCAAACCGGCCGAGCCGGCCCACGCCAUCCACCUCAACAGCCACAUUCCCGGUGAAGGCCACACCUACCCUGCCCAUGCCCCCAUCUACCCCGGCAUGUACCCAGGGUCACUGGUCCACGCCAGGCAGGACACCCUGCAACACCCCCUCCAGUACCUGAAGAGCCAGACAGCUGUCUCCCCCCUCAUGCCCCCCCUGGCCUUCCACUCCAUGAUGCUCCAGAGGCAGCUGAUGGCAUCGGGGCCAAGCCCCCACCAUUAUUACAGACACCCUGGAGGGGCAGCUCUGUACGGGGACCUCCUACACCACCUCUACCCCCUCUCCACCCUCACCCCCCCUCCGCUGUCCUCCGUGCACCCUAGUACCAGACUCUAGUAGCCGAGCUACGCCCCGACUAAAUCUCCCUCCCAGUCCUACACCCCCUUUCUUUAUCUCUCUGGAACAGUGGAACUUUUUGUUGUUGUUGUGUUCUAUGAUUCCGUUGAGCAUGAGCAGACUGUGGAAGGUUGAGGAUGAACUAUUUUUGUUGAGAUGGGCAAAAGAAAAAAAAACUGAAAAACGAUUUUCUCCCACCCUCGCUCGUGUAUUUGUUUGUGUGUACCGUUUGCACUGCUUCGUAACCCCACUUAGCCUAAAGGUAUGUUUGUCUCCAUUUGCACAUCAUGUUACUGUGUUUGUGUAAUGUUCCACCGAGCAGGUUAUUUCUCACACAUAUAAGUCAGGUCCUUUCUUACUAUCUGUGACGGCAGAGGGAGCCAGGGAAAAGC